AUGGCCCGAGUGAAAAAUAGAACUGCCUCGUCCGCGGCCUCGACCAGGCACUCCCCCGGUCGGGCUGUCACUGAAAGAAAGGCCCGAAAGCAUCAAGCUUUCUGGAAGGGCUAUCUAAAGCCAGUAAAGGAGCAUCGGCUUGCGAGUUCGAUCUAUCUUGACGUCGAGCCACCAGCAAACUACACCUUCGUCGCGUCUGGGACUCCCCUCUUGACCAAGACUUGCAAAAACAGAUGUCGGGCAGAAGGAUCCCGUAUCUUUGCGGUUUCGACCUCACACGACAAUCCAAAUUUCGCUUUGACGCGUCUGUCGAUUCAAGUGCAUCGGGUCGGAUAUCACUUCCCCACCGCGGUGGUCAACCGGGUCUGUUACGAUUUGGGCCUUUAUCUCACGGAUUCAGGCAAGGCAGUGCCACUUAACACUCCUACCGCCUUGGAGGAGCUUUCUGAUACAGAUAAAGAUCAAGUCACGCUCAAUACUGAGGCAAGGGACACGAUCCAAGACAUGUUCCCAAAUAUCCCUGCGGAUGAUUUGAAUCAAAUUAUCAAGCGCUCAUUUCAAAAAGGCGGUGGGAAAAUAGGUACCGCGUUUGAACACUCGUUGAACCGUCGAGUGCAUCUCGCUGUGGUGGCCCAUAUUCGGCAUACUUACACCGAUUAUGAUUGGAUACUCGAAAAUCAAUACGAGUGGGUUGAUGCAAGAAAAGUGACGGAACAGCCCACUCUCGCCAAGCUCAUGGAAUGGCGCGGGAAUGACGAAAAUGGACGCGAGAACUCCUUUGAGGAUGCAUGGAGCGAGGACUCGCUUGAGGAAGCAUUGCGUGAGUUGAACAAUCGCGAUGUUGAAACCCAUGAUCAAAGAGAGCGGCAGAAUCCUAUUGAGCCCGACAAGAUCCAACCUCGACCGAUCAACGCCAACGUUGACAGACUGGAUCCCAAACGCAAACCAUCCGAAGAGGCCCCGUCUGAGUUUCAGUUCGUGUCCAAAAAGCCCACCAAGACUGGCGAUCGUCGAGGCUUCUACCGAUAUCAGGCGUGUAUGGACGCACCGGCCUCCAAUUCCACCGUAGUAGGAAACAUCGAUCAGUCCCGCAUUGACAGAAGACACCCCGCGAUCCCUGAGCCCGAAAGAACCCACUCUACCGGGUACCGUGAACUUACGCUCCAGACUGCGGAGGUAGCCUCUGGAAUUGCUUCGAACUGUGGUCGAGUUCGUCCUUUGAGCCCUGGUGCACCAUCUUUGGCCAUCACUCAAGGCGGCCAAGGGCCAGUACUACUAGUAGACACCCAGGACAAACGUGCUCCUUGGGAAGGUCAACAACGGGCAUUGUCCCACCAGUACCACUUUGGGUCGAGCGGAAGACUUGCACUAACAACACAGGAGUCAACUACUGGUGGUACAUACAACUUCGCUGACAGCCAUCUCUUGACUCGGAGCCCCCGUGCCUCGUGGAAUCUCUUGCCCUCAGCGCCCCGUUCUAACGCAGUCCCUCACGCGCGUACGGAGUGGGUUCCAACCGCCCUGUCAGGCCAUGGCGCCGGUGCGCCUGUGUCGGCGAGCGGACAUCAGGAGCAAUUUCUCACCAGGGAGGGCCAAUUCAGACCUUGCAGUGAGGGCGCCAACCCUCCUCAAUCCAGGCCGGGAAGCAACUUGCACACUCAGGACCGCCCACUGCCCUCGAUCGAGACUGCUCAUCCAGGGCGAGGACUGGAAGAUCGUGUCACGCCCAGCAUGAAACGGAUGGCCCUCCGGACUGUAACCCCGGAAUGUCUUCCAUCGUCGCGGGCUGGCAGCCCUGAUCCUAAGAGACGACGACUGGCUUACCCCCCACAAGGCUCGGACGAUCUAUCGUUCUCACACUUACGCCAGGAUUUACAUUCCGAACCUCGUAUCGCACGACCCAUGGGGCCAGUUUCCUAUCCUGAUGGACCGCCCUUCGAGUAUCGCGUGCAGAACGGGCAAUACGUCAAGAUUCCUCGUUGGAAACCUGUCGAUGAGUUCCAUGAAGUAGUUCGUCCAGACUAUCUCCUGACCACAGUUCCUUCUACGGUCUAUGAAGAGAAAUCGGGGAAGUAUCGCCCUUAUCCAGCCCCGGGAACCAACGAGUUCAUCUCGAAUAACCGUUCCUCCGGACCUCCUCCAGGAGUUUCUCGUCUCGGUCCUUCUGGUCCUGCUUACUCUGGUGAUAAUGGUCAAGGCCGAAUUCCAAUCCCAAGAACUUCUCACGCCCUUGAAUUUGGUGGUCUUCCAGCUUCUUCCACUGCCUCGGAUGGGAGGCUGUAUGCGGACGGCUUUGUUCGCUCCAUUGGCUUCCACGAGGUUCCUCCUGUCGGAUAUGUUCAGCGCCCACGAGCCCAGCAACGCAUAAGGGAAAUUCCAGCUCCAGGCAACUUCGACCAAUCCACCUGGACCAAGAUCCCCGAUCCCGUUGUCUCCAACAGUCCCUCUGUCUCCAGGGAGAUAUAUGCAGAACAAACUUCUUCGGUACAGUUCCAGCCCCCAGCGUCCUUCGUGGGCAGCAGGACUCGCGACCCGAUCUCCCAUGUCUCGGAUCCUGUGUCUGAUGACCCCCAAUCUCGUGGACCUCCCCGGCCAUUCAUGGAGGCCCCGGAAGCAGGCUCGGCUCGAUGCGGUAAGAUAGGUCCAGCCAACUCUCAUCCGUCUAUAUCGCAAUGGGAGCUUUUGUCAGAUUUGUCUCUCAGGCUAACAUCGACCCAGUAA